UCGGUAUUCGUAUCAGCACUAAACACGUUGCAGUGCGAAAUUUUAUUUUUUUUAAAUAAAUGCUGCAAUUUGAAUAAAAGAGUUGUUCAAAUAGUUGCGUAGACCCCAAACGAAUCAGCAAUGGCCUCCAGUGAACGCAAAGGCACCUUUAAGGUGGAGUAUCUGCAGAAGAUCGAGCGGGAAGUGCAGCAGCGAUGGGAAACGGAGCGGGUGCACCAGUCGGAUGCCCCGACAGCCCCCAAGAAACGGCAGUCGGAGAAGUUCUUUGUGACCUUCCCCUUUCCCUACAUGAACGGGCGCCUCCAUCUGGGCCACACCUUCUCGCUCUCCAAGGCCGAGUACUCGGUGAGGUACCACCGCUUAAAGGGACGUCGGGUGCUCUGGCCUUUCGGGUUCCACUGCACUGGCAUGCCCAUCAAGGCUUGUGCGGAUAAGCUGACCCGCGAACUGGAGCAGUUCGGCUACCCGCCACAAUUUCCUCAGACCGAGGAAGUUGCUCCUGCGCCCAUCGAAACGGCAUCCGAGGUGCCUAAGGACAAGUCCAAGGGAAAGAAAAGCAAGGCGGUGGCCAAGACCGCCGGCGCCAAGUACCAGUGGCAAAUCAUGCAGAGCCUAGGACUCAAGGACGAGGAAAUCAAGGACUUUGCCAACGCCGAGCACUGGUUAAAGUACUUCCCACCGCUGGCGGUGCAGGAUCUCAAGCGGAUCGGCGUGCACAUCGACUGGCGACGCACCUUUAUUACCACUGACGCCAAUCCCUACUUCGACUCCUUCGUACGCUGGCAGUUCAACCACCUGAAGGAGCGAGGCAAGAUCAUGUACGGCAAGAGGUACACCAUCUACUCGCCCAAGGAUGGACAGCCCUGCAUGGACCACGAUCGUUCCACGGGCGAGGGAGUGGGUCCCCAGGAGUACACGCUCAUCAAGAUGAAGGUUCUGCAGGCGCCUAAGGCUUUGAGCUCCAUCAAGCAGCCCAUUUACAUGGUGGCAGCCACUCUGCGACCGGAAACCAUGUAUGGACAGACCAACUGCUGGUUGCAUCCGGACAUCAAAUACAUCGCCUGGCAGAGCAGCAAAAACAACGAGGUGUGGAUAAGCACCCGGCGGGCAGCCAGAAAUAUGACCUACCAGGGAUUCACUGCCGUCGAAGGAGACAUCAAGGUUUUGGCAGAAGUAACUGGCCAAGAUCUCUUGGGAGUUCCCCUCUCGGCUCCACUGACACCACACAAAACCGUUUACACACUGCCCAUGCUGAGCAUCAAGGAGGAUAAGGGUACCGGAGUGGUCACUUCCGUGCCCUCCGAUUCCCCCGAUGACUACGCUGCUCUGGUGGAUUUGCAAAAGAAGGAGGCUUUCCGCCAGAAGUACGGACUUAAGGAUGAGAUGGUGCUGCCCUAUGAACCCAUUCCGAUCAUCGAAGUGCCCACCCUGGGCAAGCUGAGUGCCGUCCAUGCCUAUGAAACUCUCAAGAUCCAAUCACAAAACGACAAGGAAAAGUUGGCCGAAGCAAAGGAAAUGUGCUAUCUAAAGAGUUUCUACGAUGGAGUUAUGUUGGUGGGCGAAUUUGCCGGCCGCAAGAUUCAGGACGUAAAGAAGGAUCUGCAGAAGCGUUUGGUCGAUGCCAAUGAGGCAGAUAUCUACUAUGAGCCUGAGAAGACCAUCAUGUCGCGUUCGGCCGACGAGUGCGUGGUGGCCCUGUGCAACCAGUGGUAUCUGAACUACGGCGAGCCCGUGUGGCAAGCGCAGGCCACGAAGAUACUGCAGGACAUGGAGACCUUCCACGAGGAGGCGCGCAACAACUUUGAAGCCUGCUUGAAUUGGCUGCACGAAUACGCCUGUUCCAGAACCUAUGGCCUGGGAACCAAACUGCCGUGGGACGAUAAGUGGUUGAUCGAAUCCCUCUCGGAUUCCACCAUCUACAUGGCGUUCUACACAGUGGUGCACUUGCUGCAGGGCGGCACUUUCCGCGGGGAGAAGCCGGGACCUUUCGGAAUUAAACCGUCUGACAUGACCGCUGAGGUGUGGGACUACAUAUUCUUCAAGGAGACUCCCCUGCCUAAAAAGACGGCCAUCAAACCGGACCAUCUUGCCGUUCUACGCCGCGAGUUCGAGUACUGGUAUCCGAUGGAUCUCCGCGUCUCUGGCAAGGAUCUCAUCAAUAACCACUUGACUUUCUGUCUGUACAAUCACGCCGCAAUUUGGCCGAACGACGAGAAUAAGUGGCCCAAGGGAAUGCGUGUAAACGGUCACCUUUUGCUGAACUCUGCUAAGAUGUCCAAGUCGGAUGGCAACUUCCUUACUCUAACCGAAGCUGUGGACAAGUUCUCAGCCGACGGCAUGCGUCUUUGCUUGGCCGACGCUGGCGACAGUGUGGAGGACGCCAACUUUGUAGAAAGCACUGCGGAUGCGGGUAUCCUGCGUCUGUACACUUUUAUCGAGUGGGUCAAGGAGAUGCUGGACAAUAGGAGCAGUUUGAGAAAGGGCGCAGACAAGACCUUCAACGAUCAGGUGUUCCUUAGCGAACUGAAUCUGAAAACACAGCAAACCGAUGAGAACUACCGAAAGAUGUUGUUCAAGGAGGCCUUGAGGAGUGGCUUCUACGAACUCCAGUUGGCCAGGGACAAGUACAGGGAGCUGUGUGGCGCCCAGGGAAUGCACGAGGACCUGGUGCUGGAGUUCAUCCGCAGGCAAGCUCUGCUGGUGUCUCCCAUUUGCCCACAUAUGGCGGAGCAUGUUUGGGGACUGCUGGGCAACAAGGAGUCCAUUGUUCUCGCUCGCUGGCCAGAAGUCGGACCCAUUAACGAAGUGGAUAUCCUGUGCUCGGAGUAUCUAAUGGAAGCUGCCCACUCCUUCCGUCUAAACCUCAAAAACAUGCUGCAAGUAAAGGGCAAAUCCGGAAAGGGUAAACCUGAUGUCCAGCCAGAAAAGCCGAACCGGGGACUGAUUUGGGUGGCCAAGACCUACCCUCCAUGGCAGUGCUGUGUCCUGGACACCAUGAAGGAGUUGUUCAACAAAUCCCAAGCCUUGCCGGAUAACAAGGUCAUCGCUGCCACUCUGCAACAAAAAGCUGAACUGAAGAAGUUUAUGAAACGCGUGAUGCCCUUCGCCCAGAUGAUCCGUGAGAAAGUGGAGUCUGGCAAGGGUGUUGCUGCUUUAGCCGUCACCUUGGAGUUUGACGAACGCCAGGUGUUGAUCAGUAACCUGGAGUAUCUGAAAAACACACUAGAUCUGGAUGUUUUGGAUAUCAAGUACACCGAUGAUCCCUCAGCACCCGAGAAAACUCGUGAGGAAGUUCGACCUGGCUCGCCCUUCAUUAGCUUCUCUGUGGCACCCAAUGUGAGCGUGGAGCUGACGAACCCCAUCGAGCGCUCCUCGUUGUUCCAGGUGAACACCGUCAUUUCCGAAGGCGAUACCGUACAGUCACUGCGCGAGAAACUUUCCAAAAUCAUUGGCCUCAAAACGGAUAAUGCCAACCUGAAAAUCUGGCGGUUUGAGGAUCCCCUUCUUGGCCCCAGGAAGAUACCCAGCUUUGAGGACUACAAGACUGGAAAGGUUGUGCUCAGCGAGGGAAACUUUGUUCUGGAUGUUGAGAACAAGAAAGUGAGCGUGGAUCAGGCGGGAAAACUGACCGAAGUGGGAAGGAAUUUCAUCUACGUGGUGGAUUAAAUCGAACAGCGUCACAAGUCUAACUAAUUUAUUCAUAGAAUGAAACCUAAACCUUGUAAAACCAAUAAAAUUCUUUGAGAAGCGGGUACCCAAAAAAUUAAA